GCUCAACCCAACGUCAUUUUUUAGCAGCAAGAACACCCUGCUUGUUGUUCUCUCAGUGCCUUUUUCCUUCACCGAGCCUCAUUCGGAAUCUCAUUUGUCACUAGCAGCACAACAGUCAUUCCGAGUUUUCCUCAGGCAAUUGACAGUUUAGAAUGACAGACGUCGCAAGCCCUCCGGCCGAACCCCACUCGCUAAUACAAGAGCCGGCUUCUGCACUCCGGUCAUCCAAGCCGAAGCCGAAGCGGGCGCCGACUCGCGUCUCAAUCGUCGCUCCGAAAGGCUCCACCGACCCCGUGGUUACCAGCCCGCGCUCCGGCUCCUCGAGCACUCCACCGGGUCUGAACGUGACGUCGACAACAUGGAAGAAGCUCAUUCUGACCAUCGAUGGCGGCGGCAUCAGAGGAUACUCAUCGCUCAUCGUCCUCCGGGCCCUGAUGCACGAGAUCGAGCGUAUCGAGCAGUCCCUCAAACCACCGGCCUCCGCAAGCACACAUACCGACCGGAUACCCCGCGAACAAAUACCGGAUGAGGUUUUCAGAGAAGGGAAGUACCUGCCAUGUCACUACUUUGACUACAUCGCAGGCACCAGUGUUGGGGGGUUGAUAGCCAUCAUGCUGGGCAUGUUUGGGAACAGCGUCGACGACUGCGUCAACGAGUUCCACCGGCAGAACAAGGCCAUCCCCCUCACCGACGACGCCUCGGUCGUAUCAUCCAUCGACUUCCCGCUUGUCUACAGGCGAAGUACCUGGCCGACGAAACGGACACGCUCUUUCUUUGAUACGUUUGCCAGAUUCACCGUCACGGCGACUGGUCGCACUCUGCCCGGCAGCCCCGCAGCCCCUUCAGUCUCACGAACAUCCUCCCAAGCAUCCGCUGCAUCGAGCGAGUUCCGCAAGGACACGUACCAGUGCCAAACCCUCGCCUGGUGCGCCGAGGUCGAGACCCGCCGCUCGCGACGCCCCUACGCUUUUUGCACCUACGCGGAAGAGGAGGGUGACCCUGAGCAGCUCAUCUCGAUUCCCGAAGUCGCCAAAGCCAUCACCACGCCGUCCCGCUACUCCUUCAAGCCCUUCAAGCUCGGCUCCGGCCAGUUCGUCGACGGCAGCAAGCUGAUCCGCGACCCAACGCUGGAGGUCAUCAAGGAGAUCACCUCCCUCCUGGACGAGUCGGAGCCGCCCAUCGACCUGCUCCUCAGCCUGGGCACCGACGAGCACCACGCCUGGUUCUACGAAAAGCUGCGAUCCUUGGCCACCUCGCGAGGUUCCCCAGCCUCGGCCGCCAAGGACAAGCCGGCCAUCGGCGAGGAAGAAGGGCGAUCCUACAUCCACUAUCACCGCUUCGAGGUGCCCGGGAUCAGGCUAGGCUGGCGCAAGAGGUUCUUCCUCCGCCAGAUCGAGGAGGCCACCGAGGAGUGGCUCUCGCGACCCGAGCAGAAGGAGCGGGUCGCAAAAUACGCGCAGAUGCUGGUGGAGCGGCGGCGCGCGAGGGCGGCGACCGCACGGUGGGAGACGUUUGCACUGGGCGUGAGAUACGUUUGUUUCCACGAGGAAUGCGCCGGGGAGGGUGAGAAGUCGGCCGAAAACAACCGGCUGUUUACAGGGAGGGGGGACUUCUUUGAUCACCUCGACAGGAGGCACAAUCUGACGAAGAGGGCAGCCAGAGGGCUGGUGGAUGUGGAGCAAGAAUUGGACAAGGGCAGGCGGUUUGGGUGGUGUUGAGCUUGUACUACAUGAUGGUCGAUAUGUACCGGUCCGUCGGUCGGUUAGGCGUUCUUCGAGCUGUUGUUACUCUUUUCCUUCUUUUCCUUUUUGCCCCUAGGAGUCAAGCAUUCAUAGCGAGCAUGGCGUUUUUGGGACAUUGGCUAGACAAGAUCAUCCUUAAUGGACAGUGAGACACGUUGGGUGACGGGCCGUGGCGUUCGCUUUGGCGCUUGCAUUGGUUCUCGUCACCUCCGCGGAGCCGUCGAAUGCGCAUAGCAAUAUGCCCUGCUUGGUGCCUUGACCUUUUUAAGAUUCAGCCUGGCCAAUGCGUCGCUCCAGUUGUUUAUUUCGCAUCCAACUAUG